CGGGGCCCGUUGUCUGUGUGUGGGGGGCUGCGGAGCCCCGGGGGUGGUGGGGGGCUCCCGGCGGGGGCGGCGGUGGGUCGGCAGGGCCUGGACAUGGCGCUGAGGGGCCGCCCCGUGGGAAGAUGAAUAAGGGCUGGCUGGAGCUGGAGAGCGACCCUGGCCUCUUCACCCUCCUGGUGGAAGAUUUCGGUGUCAAAGGGGUGCAGGUGGAGGAGAUCUAUGACCUUCAGAGCAAAUGCCAGGGCCCCGUGUAUGGAUUCAUCUUCCUAUUCAAAUGGAUCGAAGAGCGCAGGUCCCGUCGCAAGGUCUCUACCUUGGUGGAUGAUACAUCUGUGAUUGAUGAUGAUAUCGUGAAUAACAUGUUCUUUGCCCACCAGCUGAUCCCUAACUCUUGUGCUACUCAUGCCCUGCUGAGUGUGCUCCUGAACUGCAGCAGUGUGGACCUGGGGCCCACCCUGAGUCGCAUGAAGGACUUCACCAAAGGCUUUAGCCCUGAGAGCAAAGGAUAUGCGAUUGGCAACGCCCCCGAAUUGGCCAAGGCCCAUAAUAGCCAUGCCAGGCCUGAGCCACGCCACCUCCCCGAGAAGCAGAAUGGCCUUAGUGCAGUGCGUACCAUGGAAGCUUUCCACUUUGUCAGCUACGUGCCUAUCACGGGCCGGCUCUUUGAACUGGAUGGGCUGAAGGUCUACCCCAUCGACCAUGGGCCGUGGGGGGAGGAUGAGGAGUGGACAGAUAAGGCCCGGCGGGUCAUCAUGGAACGUAUUGGCCUCGCCACUGCAGGGGAGCCCUACCACGACAUCCGCUUCAACCUGAUGGCGGUGGUGCCCGACCGCAGGAUCAAAUAUGAGUCCAGGCUGCAUGUGCUGAAGGUGAACCGCCAGACCAUCCUGGAGGCCCUGCAGCAGCUGAUCAGAGUAACACAGCCAGAGCUGAUUCAGACACACAAAUCUCAAGAGUCACAGCUGUCUGAGGAAUCCAAACCAACCAGUGGUAAAUCCCCCGUGGCGCUGGACGCAAGCAGAGCCCCAGUGGCCUCUGAAGGCGCCCACACAGAUGUUGUGGAGGAGGGGGCUAGUUCAUGCCCACAAGCCCCAACCCAAAGCCCUCCCGGUAAGCCCAAACUGGUGGUGAGACCUCCAGGGAGCAGCCUCAAUGGGGUUCCUUCCAACCCCACUCCCAUCGUCCAGCGGCUGCCGGCCUUUCUGGACAAUCACAACUACGCCAAGUCCCCCAUGCAGGAGGAGGAAGACCUGGCGGCUGGUGUGGGCCGCAGCCGAGUUCCAGUCCGCCCACCACAGCAGUACUCAGACGAUGAGGAUGACUAUGAGGACGAUGAGGAUGACGACGUGCAGAACACCAACUCUGCCAUCAGGUACAAGCGAAAGGGACCAGGGAAGCCAGGCACAUUGAGCAGCCCCGGGGAUGGGCAGCUGUCGGUGCUGCAGCCCAACACCAUCAACGUCUUGGCCGAGAAGCUUAAAGAGUCGCAGAAGGACCUUUCGAUGCCUCUGUCCAUCAAGACGAGCAGCGGGGCCGGGAGUCCAGCCGUGGCUGUGCCUGGACACUCACAGCCUUCGCCCACCCCCAGCAACGAGAGCACAGACACAGCCUCUGAGAUCGGCAGCGCUUUCAACUCCCCGCUGCGCUCCCCCAUCCGCUCGGCCAACCCCACGCGGCCUUCGAGCCCCGUCACCUCCCACAUCUCCAAGGUGCUUUUCGGGGAGGAUGACAGCCUGCUGCGUGUGGACUGCAUCCGCUACAACCGCGCUGUCCGCGACCUGGGCCCCAUCAUCAGCACGGGCCUGCUGCACCUGGCCGAGGACGGCGUACUGAGCCCCCUGACGCUGACAGAGGGCGGGAAGGGCUCGUCUCCAUCCGUCAGAUCGAGCCAUGGCAGCCAAGGGUCCGGCAGCCCAGAGAAGGAGGUGCUGGAAGCAGUGGACAGCCGAGAGAAGCCGGGGCUGCCUCGGUCGGGGGAGCCAGUAAGCGGGGAGAAGUACUCGCCCAAGGAGCUGCUGGCGCUGCUGAAAUGUGUGGAGGCAGAGAUUGCAAACUAUGAGGCCUCCCUCAAGGAAGAGGUAGAGAAGAGGAAGAAGUUCAAGAUCGAUGACCAGAGAAGGACGCAUAACUACGAUGAGUUCAUCUGCACCUUCAUCUCCAUGCUGGCUCAGGAAGGCAUGCUGGCCAACCUGGUGGAGCAGAACAUCUCUGUGCGGCGGCGCCAGGGCGUCAGCAUCGGCCGGCUGCACAAACAGCGGAAGCCCGACCGGCGGAAACGCUCGCGCCCCUACAAGGCCAAGCGCCAGUGAGGACUGACGACCCGCCUCUGCAGCCCGUUCUUGCCGUGUGGCCCACCCCAGGGCCCGUUCCUGCCCUCCACCUCUUCUUCCCAGUAUUACUGAAUAGUUGCAGCCAGAGAGCCCAGACCCUGGGAAGGUGCCCAGGGCCUGGCAGGGCCAGGCCACCCCGUAGUAUUCAGGAAGCAGCAGCUGGAGCUGGGGCCCAGUGUGGCGCUGCAGCUGCCUCCGCAGCCGGCUGUGGAGUGGCCGGGCUGGCCCUGCUGCCUGGGCAGCAGAGUAUAUAUUUUACCUACAGAGACGUCUAUUUUUCUGGGCUGUAACCCAUCUUGCCACCACUGUGUUGACAUAGCUGGCUUCUUGAAUCUGCAGCCUCUUCUGAGAGCUGUCAUCUCAGUGGGCCCGGCUGCAGGGUGGGCACUGGCCCUUCUGUGUUAGCCCCAGCCACCAGUCAUCCCUGUUGUGAGGAAGCCAGGUCUCCCCGUCAUUCUUCCCAGGAGAGCUCCAAACUCAGGGACCCGACUGCUUGGCUGGAUUGGCGGGGAGGGGGUGUCCCAGCUGUGGUGGGCUGAGCAGAGAGUCAUGUUGGAGCCCCUUGGUGGCCUAUAACUGUCCAGCCUGCUCUGUGUGGGGCAACGCAGGGCUCAUUGCCUUCAGUGUUGUGGCCCAGGCAGUGCAGCCUGCCUCGGGCUCCGGGGCCCCUCCCUGAGGCACCAAGGAGCCUCUGCCUCACCCCUCAGUAUUACUGUCUCCCUCCUCUUAAGGGUAGCAGAGACAGGGCUGCUUGCAGGGGGCUGGCACCACUCAGCUGCCUCCUGCCACGCCAGCUUCCUCCUCUGCAAGGCACUCAGGGUUGGGGACAGAGGACCAGGACAACCAGCUGAAGUCCCUGUGUUCUAGAGGGCCUGAUGCCAAUGGGGACUCCGGCACUGCCUCUGGCACUCAUCCCAAAUAACCCCACAGUCUCUCCGCCAAUGGCUUUGAUGGUGAUCCAAGUACGCCCCUUAUUUGUACAUAGCAACAAGGUAUGUGUGUGUGGGAGGAAGCGGGGUGCAGCUGCCUCUGUGCUGGGCAUAGCCUGACCCCUCUUGCCUCUGUAAAUAUUUGGAUCGAUGAAUGAAUAAAACUCUCCU